UAAUGAAUGGUGAUUAACUCGAUGAACAAUCCAUAAUUUAAUUAGUCCCUAUGUAAUUGCUAAUGCAAAUGGAUACGACAGGAUAUGUGCUAUCCUAUUGGCUAAUAAACGUUGGAAUGCAUUUGGAAUACAAUCAUAUGUCAGUCUCUUCGUUUCUCUACCAUGGCUCAUGCGAACCGUCCUUAACUUUGUCUCAUUUGAUUUUUUAGCGAUUUUUAGUUAUCCAACCCUAUUAUUUCAAACAUCAAAGGUCGAAUACAUGUUUCGCUCCAAUCAGCAGCCGAAGCAUCAUUCUGCUAAUGGAAAUUUAACGAGUAUUAUCAUACCUCUGUUGUAUCGUGUAUUUAGACAUCUACGUUUGACAGCCUUUUAAAUCUCUUACUACAUAUAUUUGGGUAAUAAGUAGGAAUAUUCAUGAACAUACUGCACUAUUCAACACAAAUCCGUUAGAAAGCUCAAUAAUUACAAUGACUUUAGGACGAAUAGUCACUUCCAUCUGUCUGCAGCGAUUUGUCUGCAGAGCCACCUCUUCCAACACAUUCCGAUACCAACAGAACUUGGUAUUUAAAGUGACAAAUGUUCGAUUUCUAUCCGAGCAUCGGAUUACCAAAAAUAUCGAGUUCAUAUCGAACGAUCGACAGGUUGUCGUAAAUAACAAUACGGUGCAAUGCAUGAAGGAAUCAUCAAAUCGUCCACUAAUAGUAUUACUGAGUUGGCUUUUGUGCAAACGCAAACAUAUCAUGAAAUUUGCGAAGCUAUACAUGGAACGUGAUUUUGAUGUCUUAACUGUAUCAAUCAGCCCUUGGCAACUUAUGUGGCCAGUUCAAGGUUCACGGAUAACUGCAGCUGAUCUUUUAACAUUUUUACAUAAGAAUACCAAUUAUCAACAUGUGGUAUUGCACGGAUUCUCAGUGGGAGGAUACAUGUGGGGCGAAGUGUUAGAUUUAAUACACUCAGACCAGAAAAAAUAUAAUCAUGUGAUAGAUCGUAUUGCGGGACAAGUCUGGGACAGCGCUGUGGAUGUUAACGAAUUGUCAAUUGGAACUCCACGUGCUGUCUUCCCAACCAAUGCUAUGCUGCAAUCAGUGCUUCAAAAAUAUUUAGAGUACCAUAUGAAAGCUUUCUAUAAACAAUCGACUCAGUACUACGUUCGCUCCAGCCAAUUGUUUCAUACAACUCCUGUGCGAGCACCAGCAUUACUUUUAUUAAGUGAUACCGAUCCAAUCGGCACGGUAACAAGUAAUACUAGAGCGCAUGACUCUUGGCAAUCUCUAGGUAUAAAGACAUACCAGAAGGUAUUUAAAGGAUCGCCACAUGUAGGACAUUUUCAGAUGUAUCCUAAGGAGUAUGUUGCUGAACUCUACGCAUUCCUCGACAAGUUACAAUUCGUGCAAAAUAAAGAAAAAAUAAGAGCUCGCCUCUGAUUUUAAAUACAAGUAAACACACGAAUGAAUUUGUGAAAGCACUUCUCGUCGUCUCAUUGCUCAUCAAUUUAUUUUGUCCAUAAUGACACUUAAUGACCGAAAAGUAAUUACAUCGAUGCAAUCUGUGUUACUGUUUGACUGACUGAAUAUGAUAGGGUUAUAAAGUAUUAAGUAAUAACUUUUUUGUUUCUAAAAAAAUAUGGAUGUAGUACCUUGGUUAUUUUGUGAUACUUUGAAAAAUCAAUAGUAAUAUGAAAAUCUCUCUCUCUGAUGUUCAGAGGUUUGUAAGAUUUGGGACGCUAUGUGUUCGUUAUAAAAUUACAUGAACUUGAGAAGACAAGAUGUUUUUCUUGAAUUAUCAAAUGCUACAUAUAUGUAUACCGAUGACGAUUACGUAUUAAAUAUGCAUAUAUAAUACAAUAGGAAAUAAAGUUAUAAUAAGUGAAGGCCCUAUAAACAUAGCAUGUUUAAGCAGACAACUCACAAUAAACAUUUUUCAAUUUUA